AUGAGUAUUUUCAUAAGUAUCAUGUAUUCAGUUACUAUCAUUGUGGAAUUCAUAAUUGGGAAUUUUGCAAAUGGAUUCAUAGCAGUGGUGAACAUCAUAGACUGGGUCAAGAGAAGAAAGAUCUGUUUAGUGGAUAAGAUCCUCACUGCACUGGCCAUCUCCAGGAUAGAUCUGCUGUGCUCGACAUUCAUAAUUAUACUAAUAUCUUCACUGUAUCCAGAUCUAAAACUGGUCAUGAGAAUUGAAAGAAUACAGAUUAACACCUGGAUCGUUGCAAAUCAUUUCAGCAUCUGGCUUUCCACAUGUCUCAGCAUCCUUUAUUUUCUCAAGAUAUCCAAUUUUCCUAACCCUAUUUUUCUCAUGCUAAAGUGGAGAUUUAAAAAGGUGGUUUCAGUGACAUUACUGCUGUCUCUGGUCUUCCUGUUUGUAAAUAUUUUAGUGAUGAACAUACAUAUUGAUAUCUGGAGUGAUGAAUCCAAAAGAAACGUCUCUCACAGUUACAGAUUAAAGAAUUACACACAAUUUUAUAGAUUUGCUUUGUUAAUCAACACAACGUUCACACUCAUCCCCUUCACUGUCUCCCUGGUGGCUUUUCUCCUGCUCAUCUUCUCCCUGUGCAAACACAUGAAGAAUAUGCAGCACAAUUACAAAGGCUCCAGAGAUCACAGCACAGUGGCCCACAUACAUGCCCUGCAAAUGGUGGUCACUUUCCUCCUCUUCUACACAGCUUUCUUUCUGGCUCUUACCAUGCAACUUGGGACUUCUGACUUUCAAGAGAAAAACAAAUUGUUUUUUGCCACUAUUAUUAUCAGUUUUCCUUCAAUCCAUUCAUGUGUCCUGAUACUAAGAAAUAGUAAGCUCAGGCAUGCCUCUCUUUUGACACUGUGGUGGCUGAAGUGUAGGUUAAAAGAUGUGCAGACUUUGGUUCCCUGA